GGGGAAUUAGCACCAGAGAUGCCUUUAUUGCAUCUUUAUCAUCGGCUAAAGAAACAGUUAAUCUAAGGAUAAUACAGAUUGUCUUGUGUAUCGAUUGGAACAACCUCCUGAUUAGGCUUAACAUGGGUGACGCUCCAGAUUCAAAUGCCCGGAUGGUUGGAGAUAUCCAAUUAAACAGUAGCAAAAUACCGCCUACAGACCUCUAUAUUUAAAAUUAGCUUGUGUGUCCCUCGUAGGUCCAGAUAUAGAAGACAUGUCGCUAUCGAGAGCGUCCGUACUCCGAACGUUGCUUGCCCUGGGUGUUCUUCAGCUUACCUGCAUUGUAGCGAAUGAAAAGAUUGAAGGUGCGGUGUGCAUCCCAUUACCUAAAUAUGGUGACUUGGCUGUCUGUUUAGACUAUGAUUCAGCUAGCGAUUCCAAGUCUGGUCCCUCAAAUUCUGGUUCCCAGAAAGGCGAUCCUUCAAUCUACCUAACCUUCCUCAAGGCCGACGACGACUCGAAAUCAGCCGACAAAAGGCGAUUUGAUUCUAUUGCUUACGGGUCCUCAUUUGGUCGGUUUAAUGGCAAGAGGUCAUUCGAUUCUAUAGGUUACAAAGGUAAUUCGUUUCAUGGCUUUCGAAAAAGAUCCCCUUUUGAUUCAAUAGCAUAUGGUUCAGGACAUUUUGGAAUAUUCAAUGCCAAACGGAUUCCAUAUAUGUACAGAGACUACAGAUAUGGAGGGCAUGGCUUGUUUGCUAAGAAGAAGACUUUCGAUUCCAUCGCACACGACACGGGCUCCUUUGGAGGCUUCUCAAAAAGAACCCUCGAUUCAAUAUAUAAUCAACAUGGCGAAUUUGGUGGAUUUUCAAAGAAGUCCUUUGAUUCAAUUGCUCACAGUGCGGGUCACUUUGGGCGUUUCUCUAAACGUUCUGUUGACUCUCCUAUUGCCAAUAAAGAAAAGACCGUGUCACGGGUGAAGAGAUCAUUUGACUCUAUUGCACAUUCAUCGGGAAAGUUUGGAAUUUUCUCAAAGCGUAGACCAUUUGAUUCAAUCGGUCAUGAUUCUGGUUACUUCGGAGGGUUUUCUAAGAAAUACAGUAUGGACCCCAUCGCCCAUGGAUCUGGCAGAUUUGGGGGAUUUUCAAAACGACGCUUUGACUCUAUUGCGAAUAAAUCGGGGUCGUUUGUCCGUUUUAUGAAGAAAAGAACUGACGAGAUUCCAAAAGGAUCAUUGGACUCGGUAUGAAUGUAUGAAUAAAACCUUGUGACUGUUAAUGUUGGUGUACAGCAAUGUUACUGGUAUAUUUCAUGUGGUUAUUAAAUCCAAUUUCCUUUCGUUGAAUUUGAAGAGAAUGCAUGCGUAUUUAGGUUGUAUAUAUACAAACACAACACCGGAUAUUCACGGUAUAUUUCGUCUGAUUAUAUUCAUAAAGAUAUAUAGCAUCUCACGAGUGUAUAAUCUCGAUGUUAUAUUCAAUAUAAUGAAGUAAAAGGUCAGAGUUAAUUUUAAUACAACUGUACAAGUACAUUGAUUCUCGGGUGAUAUAGAUUUUAUCAUAUUCACAUGUUUAGCACAUGGAUUUCUUGUCAGUUAGCUUUAGUGUGGAUAUAUUUCUCUCUUUGUAUGCAGUGUUUUCAGUUUUGAAUAAAUAUACCAGAUAAAAGACGA